AUGGCACUGCAGAGAUGUGGGCACUGUAUUGGCGCUGUUACCAUGGCACUGCAGAGAGAUGUGGGCACUGUAUUGGCGCUAGUUACCAUGGCACUGCAGAGAGAUGUGGGCACUGUAUUGGCGCUAGUUACCAUGGCACUGCAGAGAGAUGUGGGCACUGUAUUGGCGCUAGUUACCAUGGCACUGCAGAGAGAUGUGGGCACUGUAUUGGCGCUAGUUACCAUGGCACUGCAGAGAGAUGUGGGCACUGUAUUGGCGCUAGUUACCAUGGCACUGCAGAGAGAUGUGGGCACUGUAUUGGCGCUAGUUACCAUGGCACUGCAGAGAGACGUGGGCACUGUAUUGGCGCUAGUUACCAUGGCACUGCAGAGGGAUGUGGGCACUGUAUUGGCGCUAGUUACCAUGGCACUGCAGAGAGAUGUGGGCGCUGUAUUGGCGCUAGUUACCAUGGCACUGCAUAGAGAUGUGGGCGCUGUAUUGGCGCUAGUUACCAUGGCACUGCAGAGAGAUGUGGGCACUCUAUUGGCGCUAGUUACCAUGGCACUGCAGAGAGAUGUGGGCACUCUAUUGGUGCUAGUUACCAUGGCACUGCAGAGAGAUGUGGGCACUCUAUUGGUGCUAGUUACCAUAUAA